UUAUUGAUUCCCCAUCUUUUCUCCUCUCCACCGAGCCACCGCUUCGCCCCGUCAUACCGCACCUAGAGCUAGGUUUUUAGCCGCCGCCUCCCCCCUUUCUCGCCGCGGCGGCCGCACGCACCGACCUCCUCCCGGAAGAAGCCCCCAGCGCCCCCGGCUUCCGCUACGUGCCAGAUCGUUGUUUAUGAGCUCAAAGGAGAAGCCCACCCUUGGAGGCACGCGGAUUAAGACCCGCAAGCGGAAUAUCGCAGCUCCAUUGGACCCUGCAUCAUUCUCUGAUGCAAUUGUCCAGAUUUAUGUUGAUAAUGCUGGUGAUCUGGAACUUGUCGCCAAAAGUAUCGAGUCCUCUGAUCUCAACUUCUCACGUUAUGGUGACACCUUUUUUGAGGUUGUUUUUGUUGGAGGGCGAACUCAGCCUGGCACAAUAAAACCUGAAGAAGAAGGAGACCGCCACCCUUAUUCGGUGCUAGAUUGUGCAGCACAGCGUGAAGCAAUUUUACCUUCUGUACUCUAUAUUCAGAAAACAUUACGCAGGAGGCCUUUCUUAAUUAAGAAUCUUGAAAAUGUCAUGCGCAAAUUCCUCCAAUCGCUGGAGUUCUUUGAGGAAAAUGAGAGGAAGAAACUUGCCAUAUUCACAGCCCUUGCAUUUUCUCAGAAGCUAUCAGGGCUUCCUCCUGAGACUGUAUUCCAGCCUCUGCUCAAGGAUAAUCUUGUUGCCAAAGGGAUAGUACUUUCGUUCAUCACCGAGUUUUUCAAGGUAUAUCUGAAGGAAAACAGUUUGGAUGAUCUAAUUGGACUUUUGAAGAAAGGCAAAAUGGAGGACAAUCUGCUGGACUUCUUUCCAUCAGCCAAGAGGUCCUCUGAGGCUUUAUCCGAGCAUUUCACCAAAGAAGGUUUGACUAGCCUUGUUGAGUAUAAUGAAAAGAAAAUGUUUGAAGUUAAACUUAAGGAGAUAAAGACAACACUUACUACCAUGAUCAAUGAUGAGGCUGAAAUAUCUGAAGUGAUCGAGACUGUCAAGCAACAAGUUAAAGAUGCCAAAUUUCCUGAUAUAGAGGUUAUCCGCAUGCUGUGGGAUGUGCUUAUGGAGGCUGUUCAGUGGUCUGGAAAGAACCAGCAGCAGAAUUCUAAUUCAGCGCUUCGGCAGGUGAAAGCUUGGGCUGAGCUUUUGAAUGCCUUUUGCACAAGUGGCAGACUAGAACUGGAACUCAUAUACAAAGUUCAGACACAAUGUUAUGAGGAUGCUAAGCUGAUGAAGCUGUUUCCUGAGAUCAUAAGGACACUAUAUGACCAAGAUGUCCUAGCUGAAGAUACUAUCCUUCUUUGGUUCCGUAAAGGUUCAAACCCGAAGGGCAGGCAAUCUUUCGUUAAAGCUCUGGAGCCAUUUGUCAAAUGGCUAGAGGAGGCGGAGGAAGAAGAAUAAGUGUUUGUGCCUACUCGAGGCUGGCCAGAUCUGCCUGAAGUAUUUCCCAAUAUUUCUAUGGUUUGAAGUUUGUGGAGGAAGUUGUUCUUUCCUGCUUGUUACAAGGCGGAUAGUUUUAUUUUCUCAUGUUGUGCCGCCUGGCUCUCUUCUGCUGGAUGCUAUAAUAUGAUGCAAAUACAGUCGCUGUUGACUUUGCGAGGAUUUUGUGAAACGGUUGCUAUCAUUGCUAAAAUGACUUUGCGAGGAUUUUGUCAAA